CAUUGUUGAGGCAAAAUCCAUACAUAUCUCGGAUACAUACCAUCACGAACACGCGCUGUAGUGAACUUCCUCCUCCAAUCGUUUCUUGUUUACGUGGAGUCUUUCGGACAACAUCAAUUUAAUUUGUUUAUAAGAAAUUCUUUAUUUGUCUGUUGUUGAUAAAUCUAAAAAUGGAAACUAAACUGGAACGUAAAAGAAACAUAAAUUCCUCUGGUCUUUUCGAUUCUAGCCCUUUGGAAACGAUGGUCGAUUGUAUGGCAACCCAAACCGAAAACGGUUUUAUUCCACAUUUAGCGAACCAUUUAUUCAAUUUAUUCUCCCCUGUUAAUGUUACUUUAAAACUGGAGGAUGUGCUAAAAAUAGUUUGCAAUUGGUCGGUAGGAAUGAGCAUUAAACAAACGAUAAUCUCUUUGAGUGUCGGUGAAGAAAUCGUUCGAAACGUUUACGAUUACUGUUCCUCUUAUGCUAAAAGUGUUAGCGGAAACGACGAAAAUAAAUUGGGGGGUGAAUGUUCCGUAGUUAUCAUCGAUAUUUAUCCCUACGGAUGUGAAAAGUUUGGUUAUCAAAUCGAUAGGAGUGAUAAACCAUUAUUUUGUGCAGCAGAAAUUAAGAAUACUCCACCACGUUACCUUUUCGAUGUAAUGUUACAUGAAGUGAAAAGUAAAGAACGUGAUGAUUGGUUGCUACAAACAAUUCGAGAAACCAUAAAAUCCUUAUCUACAAUUGUUGUUGACAUAGAAGAUGUGUUUUACGAUCAGGAAUCGGUGAAUGCAUUAAGAAAUAUGCAAUAUGUUGUCAUUAGUUUGGAAUCGUUGAAAAAACAUGAUACACAAGAACAAUCGGUUAUUGAAAAUUUACAAACUAUUUGGACUCCUGCUAUGGAUAUGUAUGACAUUCCAUUUUUCCCUGAAGAAUUUGAAGAAAGAUAGUUAUUGAAAAUUAUAUUUUUUCGAUUUUUAAGUAUGUAUUUAGUUACCUUAUGUAUUUUUUUUAGUUAUUGUGGAGGGAUAAGUGAUUAGUUUCAUUUUUUUCUCUAAUUUAACAAUGAAUUGACUCUAAAGAUAUUAUAUUGAGUACCUUUGUUUUUUACGAUUCUUCCAUUUAUUAUUUUUUUUUGAUCUGUUACUAACUAUUUUUGUUAUUUCUUAAAGUUUUUUAGAAGCGUUACUCAUUCUUGCAUUAUUAUGUAGAAAUUAAAAAAAGUUGUUGUUUUUUUGGCCAGUAGUUUCGCAAUAUUAUGAUGUAAUAUUUUAAAUCGCUUUUAGACUCACAUUACUUUAACAAUUUAAAUAAAAAUAAACAUAGUUUUAAGCAAUAAUCUUAUAUCAUGUUAAUUACUGUGAUUUAAUAAAUCAAAAUAUUGGUUUAAUAUAAAA